CUUAUAAUAAGAAAUACGAGAUAAAUCUGACUGUAUUCAAGGUAUUUCCACUUAUCUCCUUUUUUAUUUAUUUAUUUGUUUAUUUAUUUAUUUAUUUUGCAGUGUAAGGGAACCAUUCUUUUGAUGUUAUAGAGCAGUUACCGUGUAGAGCAUAUUAUUUGACAUGUACAGUAUCUAAUCAGCUGCAUUACAUUAUAUGUGUAUAUGUUAAGAACUUACGAAUAAGUAUUUAUGACCUGCUGUAAAAUGGUCCCACUUCCCUAGUUAAGUCUCUGCACGCCUAGCGAAAAGGAAAAGUACAGUUUGGUACCUUUAUUUUUGUACUGUUUACAUUUUAAUUGUAACGGGUGGAGAAAAUACAGGCCAAUCUGGCAACCCAAACAUUCACUUUUUUUUUCACAAAUGAAAACUGUUGAAUUUACCUCUCAUCACAAAUGAGACAUGAACAUUGCAGAUGUUCAUUCGGCACUGAAUCUGCUUUACAUACAAUCAGAAUAUGUUUUAGAGUAUUUUUAAAAACAUUUUGGUUUAAAAAGACUGUCAUCAGUUUGCAUGGGUGUAAGACGCAUAAUUACACACACACACACACACACACACACACACACACACACACACAGUUACAAAGAACGAAUCAUGAUCCAUCCAGAAGGCGUUUUACAUAAAAGGUGAAAGGUUAUAAUGCAAGCAAUGUUAAUGUCAGUCACUCGUGUGUCUAUUCCGAGCUGCCUUCUUCUGUGUCCAGCACAGUGCAUUGUGAAGCAACGAGAUCUGAGCACAAACAUUUCCCUUUUAUCUGGAAUUCUCAUUGAUCGGCUUCACUUUAGGCAACAUUUCAAAGUUACAUUACUUUCAAGCACGGUAGGGUCCUGACACUCUUAAUACCAACUCAUCACUAUAAACAAGGAGAUGAAAGACAGCCGAGCCUGUGCCAGCAAAACUACUCAAACAAGUUAAGCAAUAUCCUGUUGUGAGAGCAUGUGAUCCAGUCCUAUGAGAGACUGAAUGUUGAUAUGCACCUUUUGAAGGGCACAUGCCUGCAUUCUUGUGUUUUGGUCCUUGUGGAAUUGGAAAAAAAAAAAAAAAAAAAAAAAAAAAGGAUGCUGGUGGAAUAACGAACACUUUGUUAUGUCUAUAAGAGACUGUUAGUGUCUGUGUCUUAACUAGGUGAAAGAAGAGAGAAAAUACAGGAGAGUACAGAAUUCACUGAGAAAUGCUCUAAAAUACCACUAGCUCAGGAUAAUUUCAUAGACUCCCUCCCAGCUGUGUGCAAAGAUGCAUAAGCAAGGCUCAUGCCAUUGAUGUUAUAACUACUGUGCAUUCUCAGACUUCUAGUGUACUCCCCUGGUCUAAAAGGAGUGUAAAGAAUGCCUGAUUCAUUCUCACACUCACUCUCAUGACUCAAAGCCAGGGAUUCACUAGAAUAUUUCUACUAUUCUACACAUGUAGAGAGAGUGAUAAGGACCGUUCUCUUCAGUCAGAUGUUUUGUGUGUAAUUUUGUGUAACUUGCUUCUUCAAGCUCCUUCAUGCACCAAUGCAUCACCAUAUAGGCUUUCUUCCAAACAGCCACUCAGAUAAAACAGCACACCUGUUGUCUGUCUUGCUUGAACAAUGCACUGCUCUGUAUGCUAGAGAGUUAAGGUACCUUUAGCCGAAGCUUACACUGGGAAGAAGCCUCAAGCCAGCUGGCAUAUGCAUCAAACACAGGCCUGCUUAAUGAUCCGUAGCCAGUGCCCAGGCAUCGAGCCCUGCCCAGGCGUGUCUGGGUGUGCUUCCCUCAUCAUAUGACUUUAAUGAGUUUAUGCUUUCACUAUAAUUAAGGUCAGGUCUAAAAGGAACUUGACCCUAAUUAUAGUGAAAGCUUAUUCUGACAUACUGAGCCCCUAAUGUGCUGCUAAACCACAGGUGAACCAAACACACCCACGAUUUUUCUCUCUCUUGCAAAACAUACAAAAAGGCCCAACAGUUGCUGUUCAUUGGUUUGGAGAUUGUUAUAUCCUCUUGGAUAUUGAUUCGUUUAUCCAAAAAUGUUUGAUAUUUUUAGCAUAUUGGUCAGGUGUAGUAAUUUUCCCUGUAAAAGUCUGGAGCAGGAUGGAGUUGUGAAUGGCACAGGUUGGACAGGAAGUUAGGCUCUCGGCACUAUUUCCCCUAGUCUAUUUUAUGACUCAGAACAGGAACAUGCAAAACAGAUUUCCUGUAGAUAUAAUCCCUAGAUUUCACUUCUCUGACUCUGAAAUAAAUAUCCAACCUCGAUAGCUUGAUAAAGCCCAAAUCCCCUUACUAUCCAUUAUCCUUACAUAAUACAGGUCGACCUGUAAAUAAGUGAAUGUGUUUCUUUAGUAUCCCCAGGAGAAUGAAUGAAUGAAUGAAUGAAUAUUUGCCUUGGGUGAUGCACUGAAUUCCGGCUGGCUACAGAUCUGUGAUGUCCGUUUGGAGAGAGCGGAAGGGGAAUAGGCUAAUAAUAACUACUGUGGUGCACAGCCUUCUGAGAUGUCUGUUCGUCCUUUCAGGAACCUACUUUCACUCAAGGUUGCAAUCAAGUCCAUCCGUAAGGAGAAGAUCAAAGACGAACAGGACAUGGUUCACAUCCGCAGAGAGAUCGAGAUCAUGUCUUCCCUACGCCAUCCACACAUUAUAUCUAUAUAUGAAGUGUUCGAGAAUAAAGACAAGAUUGUCAUCGUGAUGGAGUAUGCCAGCAAAGGGGAGCUGUACGAUUACAUCAGCGAGCGACGUAAGCUCAGCGAGAGAGAGACGAGACACUUCUUCAGGCAGAUUGUCUCAGCUGUACAUCACUGUCACAAGAAAGGAGUGGUGCACCGGGAUCUAAAACUUGAAAAUGUGCUGCUAGAUGACAAUUACAAUAUAAAGAUUGCAGAUUUUGGGUUAUCCAACCUUUACCACAAAGACAAGCUUCUGCAGACCUUCUGCGGCAGUCCUCUCUACGCUUCACCUGAAAUUGUAAAUGGAAGGCCAUAUCGAGGCCCAGAGGUCGACAGCUGGGCUCUUGGUGUGUUGCUGUACACUCUGGUGUAUGGCACAAUGCCUUUCGAUGGGGGAGAUCACAAAAGGCUCAUACGCCAAAUCAGCAAAGGGGAGUACAGGGAACCUCCCCAGUCAUCAGAUGCUCGUGGCCUGAUUCGUUGGAUGCUGAUGGUAAACCCAGAUCGCCGGGCCACUGUAGAGGAUAUUGCCAACCACUGGUGGGUGAACUGGGGCUGGAAGACCAGUGUGUGUGACUGCCAGACUCAGCAAGAGAACAGCUCACCCAUGCUUGCCCGCUUUAUUGACUGGCAGAGUCGCACUGAGACUCAGCCAAGCAAACUGGCUUGCCCCGAUUCAGGUGUCAACACCAGUGGGACCAUUUCAACCCGUCGACUCAGGAGGUCCUCAAAGGAAAAUGAGGGUGGAAUUAGGGCAGUUCUAGAAGAGAAGCCAGCCAUGAAGAGGCCUAAAAGUAUCCUAAAAACACGGGCAAGCACUGGAGAUCAGCGGUCUCAAAGCUUGUGUGAGGCUGAGUUGCGGCGCUCAAUCUGCUACAGGGAAGUUGAGCCCACCUCAAGUCCUGAGAGAGAGGAAGCAGCAGGUGGCUCACCAGCCAAAAUGAUGCCUUCUCUUCCCAUGAAAGGCAUCCUGAAAAACAACCAUCAGCGCGAGUCUGGCUAUUAUUCCUCUCCAGAGCGCAGCGAGUCCUCAGAGCUGCUAGAGAGCACCGUGGCUCCUCCACCCAAUGGCUCACCACCUAAAAGGGUGCCAGGGAGGAAGGGCAUAUUGAAGAGGAACGGGAAAUACUCAUCUCAUGUGACACCCACGCUGGACUCAAACCUACCACAGAGUCAGAGUCGAACCUCAACCAUCCUGAGGGAGGAGAUAGGCAUCCCGAGUAUAGCAGUGGAUUGGCCACCUUCUUCUCCUAAACCCAACAUCAGAGGCAGCCUCUCAGCUGAGGAUCUACUGCAGAUGGCAGGAUUUAGGGGACUGCAAACAGCAACACCCCUCCAUGGCUCAAAGAACACCCGCAGCCCACCAGGAUCUCCUGGGGACAAUGGUAGCUUCUCCCUACUAGGGGAUCUGGAUGAUGUGACUCAAGUGUAUCAGCAGGCCCUGAACAUCAGCAACCAUCUCAGUUAGAAAGGGAGUGAGAAAGUGAGUGUUGAAAGGUUACAGCAAAGUGACUGGAUCAGUCAGGAACAAUCAAUCAUGUAUUCAAUCAUUGACCUUGAACUGCAUUAUGUUUACAUGCUACAAGAAGGGAAAUCUGAAGCUGUGGAACUUAACAUGUCAUCAUGCUGAUGGUUCUGGUUUAUCAAAGAAGAAUGAGGCAAGCACCUUACUGACACAUUGUCCUCCGCAAAACAUUACAAACCUGACUGCUUACUACUGACGUACGGCACAGUCCACCGUUAAGAAGAUUAGAAUUAUUUAUUUAUAAAUAUUUUGAGCAUAUGAAUCUGCAUGGCCACAAAAAGUCAUUAUUAUUUAUAUAUUAUACAACCGCAAGGUCCAAGUCUAGACUGUCAAUGCUACAGUAUGUUAGCUUGACUUAACAUUAGGCACAUAUUGGGGUCAGAGGUCACAUCAGCACUAGAUGAGAUGUCACAGUGACUCUCACAUACACACUGCUGUUUGCAGUCUGAGCCAUUUAAACAUGUGGCGUGACACAGUGGUGGUACUGGGUGUAACCUGCGGAGUAAAUCCAGUACAGGAACACCCUGCACUUCAACAACAGCCGCUAUUGAAAAGAGAGGAAUAGGCUAGACUAUUCCUGUUUAAUAUCAGUGUGUCAAAAUGCUGUUCAUUCCAAACGUGACAGGUCAUGAAAACAAACUUUUAUAAAAAAAAAUAUAUAUACAAUAAAUGCCUUGUAAAAAGGAUCAGGUUCAAGACUGUACAGUUAGACCUAACUAAACAAUAGAUGCUUUUGAGUAUUGUGAAAAUGCAGCGUUUUUCUGUUUAUCAUACAAUGGAAUACUACCUUUAACUGGAUCCACAGUGCUAAAUGUUAUACUAUGUUAGUAUUUUUUUGUUGUUGUUGUUGUUGUUUUUCUUUGAUACAUUGAUACAUUUUGCUUUCAGGUUUGAUUAUGCAAAUGGAUGAGUGUGUGUUGGCUUAAUUUCAAUGCAGUGGAAUUUUAACAACUAGACAAAUGUGCUUUAUAUGUAACAGGCUGCAGAACCAAGUGCGUGAUCUGCCUAUAUAUAAACCAAGAAACGGAAAACACAAUGAUGCUAUGCUUCUAUACUGUAACUGCCAAACUGGAAGAAAAGAAAACAAACAAACUGGUGUUAGCACCUAUUUAUCAUUUAGGGUAAUUUUCGUAUUGCAGUAUUUAACUGGAUGUUGUGUAUUUAUAUGUAUUUAAAUGUACUGUUAUUUAAUCUUUCAUGUAUUAUAUUAUUGUACAUUAUUCCCAUUCCCAUUGUUUUUGCAAAAUGUAUUUGUUAACUUUGUCUUGUUGUGUGCCUUCAUUGACCAGAAGAUUGUCAUUAUAAUAAAUAUCCACAUUUUGAAUAUGG